GUCCGAAGUACAAAGUGGCGCGAGCUUCCUUCACUGGGAGACGGAGAGGGGGAAGAGAAGUGCAGUGGAGCGAGGGAGCGCGGGGACACGCACGGCACGGCACGGCGCGGCGCGGCGGACACGCACACGCACGCGCACGCGGCCCGCACACUUACUUUUCCAGCUGCCCAGCGGCGCGCUCGGAACGCACACGGCGGAGGAGCGGACCUCCGGCAACUUCGUCGACGGGUGGACAACACGACAAUGGAGCGGCAGCAAUGGACCUGAAGCGCGGAGGACGUGAAAUGGGCGGACUGCUGCCGCCGCCGCUGCUGCUGCUGCGGCUGCUGCUGCCGCCGCUGCUGCUGAGGAGCUGCCUGCUGCCGGCGGCGCACGGCUCACCUCUCCUCCUGUUUGCCAACCGGCGUGAUGUGCGGCUGGUAGAUGCAGAGGGCGUGCGGGGUGAGUCGGCCAUUGUUGUCAGUGACCUGGAGGAUGCAACAGCCGUGGACUUCCUGUACACCGAGGGCCUUAUAUUUUGGACAGAUGUCAGUGAGGAAGCCAUCAAACAGACCCACUGGAAUCAAUCAUCCAACUCUCUUAAAGAGGCACUGGGAACUGGGCAGACCGUGGUAGUGUCAGGACUGGACAGUCCUGAUGGGCUGGCCUGUGACUGGUUGGGUAGAAAGCUAUACUGGACAGACUCCGAGACCAAUCGGAUUGAAGUGGCCAACCUAGACGGCACCUCCAGGAAGGUCCUGUUUUGGAUGGACUUGGACCAGCCCAGGGCUGUCGCUCUCAACCCCGCUCGAAGCUACAUGUACUGGACCGACUGGGGAGAAGAGCCAAGGAUAGAGCGUGCUGGCAUGGAUGGCAGCAAUAGGAAAGUGAUUGUGAACGUGGACAUAUACUGGCCCAACGGUCUGACGAUAGACCUUGUGGAAGAAAAGCUGUACUGGGCAGAUGCUAAACUCAGCUUCAUUCACAGAGCUAACCUAGACGGAUCAGGACGUGAAACAGUGGUGGAGGGCACCCUCACCCACCCUUUUGCACUGACCCUGUCUGAGGAGACCCUGUACUGGACUGACUGGCAGACCCGCUCCAUCCACGCCUGCAACAAAAACAGUGGAGACAAAACCAGAGAGAUCCUCAGUGGGAUUUACUCUCCGAUGGACAUCCAGGUUCUGGAGUCCUAUCGACAGCCGGACAUCCAGACUCCCUGUAGUGACAGUAAUGGAGGCUGUAGUCAUCUCUGCCUGCUCUCUCCAGUCACGCCCUUCUUCAGCUGUGCCUGUCCCACUGGUGUCCAGCUUAAACCAGAUGGAAAGACGUGCAAGCCAGGAGCAGAGCAGGUCUUGCUGCUGGCUCGACGGACUGACCUGCGAAGAAUCUCAUUGGACCUGCCGGAUUUCACCGACAUAGUGCUACAGGUUGACGACAUUCGCCAUGCCAUUGCGAUAGACUACGACCCAGUCGAGGGUUACGUCUAUUGGACAGACGACGAGGUUCGGGCCAUCCGGCGAUCCCACAUUGAUGGCAGCAAUGCCGUGAUGCUGGUUACCACGGAGAUAAACCACCCAGAUGGCAUUGCUGUGGACUGGGUGGCCAGAAACCUGUACUGGACCGACACUGGCACCGACCGCAUUGAGGUUACCAGACUGAAUGGAACCUCUCGGAAAAUUCUGAUUUCUGAGAACCUGGAUGAACCCAGAGCCAUUGUCCUGGACCCCGUUAAUGGGUUCAUGUACUGGACUGACUGGGGUGAGCAUCCCAAGAUCGAGCGGGCCAACCUUGACGGAACGGACCGGCUGGUUCUGCUCAACAGCUCUCUUGGCUGGCCCAACGGACUGGCAAUCGAUCACGCAGCAGGAAAACUUUACUGGGGAGACGCUAAUACUGACAAGAUAGAGGUGAUCAACGUGGAUGGCAGCAACAGACAGACCCUGCUUGAGGACAAGCUGCCUCAUAUCUUCGGCUUCACUCUGCUGGGGGAUUACAUUUACUGGACCGACUGGCAGAGGCGCAGCAUCGAGAGGGUGCACAAAGGCACGGCGGUACGAGAGAUCAUCAUUGAUCAGCUGCCGGAUCUAAUGGGGCUGAAGGCCACGAAAGUGACAGAGACAUAUGGUACAAACGGCUGUGCAGUGGAUAACGGUGGAUGCAGUCAUCUGUGUUUCUGGCGACGGCAGGCGGUCAGUUGUGCCUGCCCCAUGGGCAUGGAGCUCCUGUCAGACCUGCAGACAUGUGUGGUGCCAGAGGCCUUCCUGCUCUUCACCAACAGGGACAACAUCAGGAGUAUCUCUCUGGGAACCAACAGCAACGAUGUGGCCAUCCCUCUGACAGGGGUGAAAGAGGCCUCGGCACUCGACUUUGACGUCUCUGAAAGGAGAAUAUAUUGGACAGACAUACAGGCCAAGACAAUCAGCAGAGCAUAUAUGAACGGCAGCUCAGUGGAACAUGUCAUAGAGUUUGGACUGGACUACCCAGAAGGCAUGGCAGUUGACUGGAUGGGUCGCAACAUCUACUGGGCCGAUACAGGCACCAACCGUAUCGAGGUUGCGCGGCUGGACGGACAGUACCGCCAGGUUCUGGUCUGCAAAGACCUUGACAACCCACGCUCACUGGACAACCCUCGCUCACUGGCAUUGGACCCAGCCAAUGGCUACAUGUACUGGACGGAGUGGGGGGGUCGACCUCGUAUAGCCAGAGCCUACAUGGACGGCAGCACCAUCAUGACCCUGGUGGACAAAGUGGGCCGAGCCAACGGGCUGACAAUUGACUACAUAGACCAUCGACUCUACUGGACAGACCUGGACACGUGCAUGAUUGAAAGCACCAACAUGCAAGGCCUUCAGCGAGAGAUUAUAGUCGACGACCUCCCUCACCCCUUUGGUCUGACUCAGUACCGAGACUUUAUCUACUGGACAGACUUCAAUCUGCGCAGCAUUGAGCGAGCAGACAAACGCAGUGGACUCAACCGCACAGUGGUGCUGCAGGGUCAGUUGGAGCUGAUGCUAGACAUACUGGUGUUCCACUCCUCCCGCCAGGACGGUACCAACGAGUGCUCCCAUAACAACGGCAACUGUGCCCACCUGUGCUUGGCUACACCCGCUGGUUCCCAGUGCCGCUGUGCCUCCCACUACACCUUGAACCCCGAUGGACGAAACUGUAGCUCUCCAUCUAGUUUCCUGCUCUUCAGUCAAAAGGCCAGUAUUAGCAGGAUGGUGUUGGGAGAGCAGAGUCCUGACAUCAUUCUGCCCAUCCACGUCCUGAGGAACGUCCGAGCCGUCAGCUACGACCCGCUGGACCGGCUUGUGUACUGGCUGGAUGGACGACAGAACAUACGCAGGGCCAGAGACGAUGGCGCCAUGUCCAUGAUAGUGAGCAGCACUGUUCAGCCAGUGGACAACCAGCUUCAUGACCUGAGCCUGGAUCCAUACAGCCGCCACAUCUACUGGACCUGUGAGACAACCAACACCAUCAAUGUCCAGAGGAUGGAUGGACACACCGUGGGGGUGGUCCUGAAGGAUGACACGGACAAGCCCCGAGCCAUCGUGGUCAGCGCUGAGAAAGGGUACAUGUAUUUCACCACAGUGCAGGAGCGAUCAGCUAAGAUCGAAGGAGCCAGUCUCGAUGGGACCGAGAGAGAAUCUCUGUUCACUACUGGACUGAUCAGACCAGUAGCUCUGGCUCUGGACAAUAAACUGGGGAAACUGUUCUGGGUCGACGCCGACCUCAAGCGCAUUGAGAGCAGUGACCUUACAGGAGCCAAUCGCAUCGUCCUGCAGGAUUCAAACAUUCUCCAGCCAACAGGGUUGACAGUUCUGGGAGAACACCUGUACUGGAUCGACCGGCAGCAGCAGAUGAUAGAGCGAGUGGACAAACUGACUGGGGACGGACGCACACGCAUACAGGGGCGGAUAUCAUACCUGACCUCCAUUCACGCUGUGGAAGAGAUGGACCCACAGGAGUUUGCAUCCCACCCUUGUUCCCGCGACAACGGGGGCUGUUCUCAUAUCUGCAUCGCUAAGGGUGAUGGUACACCUCGCUGUUCCUGUCCGAUGCACCUGGUGUUACUGCAGGACCUGCUGCGCUGUGGAGAGCCCCCCACCUGCUCCACGGAGCAGUUCACCUGCUCCACUGGGGAGAUCGACUGUAUUCCCAUGGCCUGGCGGUGCGAUGGCUUCUCUGAAUGUGAGGACGGCAGCGAUGAGGAGAACUGCCCCGUCUGCUCAGCCUUCCAGUUCCAGUGCGACAAAGGAGGCUGCAUUGACGCUCAGAGGCGCUGCAACGGCGAACAUGACUGCGCUGAUAACUCGGAUGAGCAGGACUGUGAAACCAUCUGCCCUCCCAACCAGUUCCGCUGUGGUGACAACCAGUGCAUCACCAAGAAACAACAGUGUGACAACUAUUCUGACUGUCCCGACGGAUCAGACGAACUUGCCUGUGAGUAUGUGUCACCUCCCUCCAGUGGGACCCCCAACACGGGGCCCAACACCAUCGGUCCGGUCAUUGCCAUCAUCCUGCUGGUCUUUGUCAUCGGAGGGGCUUAUUUUGUUUGCCAGCGUGUGGUGUGUCGACGUUACAAGGGCCCUAGUGGGACUUUUCCUCAUGAGUACAUCAGCGGUACGCCCCAUGUGCCCCUCAACUUCAUCGCCCCCAGCAGCUCCCAGCAUGGCACCUUCCAAGGGAUCUCCUGUGGGAAGUCCAUGAUGAGCUCCGUCAGCCUUAUGGGCAGCAGCAGCAGUGGAGCUCCCCUCUACGACAGGAACCAUGUGACUGGAGCCUCAUCCAGCAGCUCAUCAUCCACCAAAGGAGCCUUCUACCCUCAGAUCUUAAACCCUCCUCCGUCCCCGGCUACUGACCGCUCGCUCUACAACGCGGAGAUCUUCUAUUCGUCCAACAGCCCAUCCACCACCAGAUCUUACAGACCCUACCACCCAGUCCGUGGCGCGGCCCCACCCACCACGCCCUGCAGCACGGACGUCUGCGACAGCGACUACACCCCCCACCACCUGCCGGCUGGGCCUCCGUCGUCCGCGGGCCGCUGGAAGGCCACGGGCCACAGCAGCCACGGCAAACACAACAAGUACUACAUGGACCUUAACUCGGACUCGGACCCCUACCCUCCACCGCCCACUCCUCGCUCCCAGUACCUGUCGGCCGAGGAGAGCUGUCCCCCGUCCCCGUCCACCGAGCGCUCCUACUUCCACCUGUGCCCCCCUCCCCCCUCACCUUGCACCGACUCGUCGUGACGCUCCAGCAGCCGCGGAGCUCCCUGAGGAAGUAAAGGACUCACUCCGAACUUUACCAGGGAAAGAAAACUCAUGUGCCAACUUCAGCCCCGAGCGGCUCACACAUGCUGCUUUAUCUCAGCUGCUUAGGCUCCAGUGCCUUGUUCUAGGUUCCUAUGUCCCACUUUGGUUCAUAUCAUCAUUCCAGUCGCCCUGGUGUCCUGCUCUAACUGACUCGGGGAAGGCUGAGGACUUGAGUCCCGUCCUUCCUUUCUGCAAGACACAAGCAGCUCCACUUUCAUCCCCAUUCCACCAGAAGAAGAAAACUUCCUUUGCCGGGCUGCUUGUUGAGAAGAACAUUUCAAGACACCCCCCCCCCCCCCUCCAAACUCACUGACUGAGUCACCAGUAGAUGUGAAAACCACGAGUCCAAUGUCACAAGUUAUCCAUUAAGCAUGGAUGGCCUCCCCAGGCCCCCCUCACAGCAGACCAGCAGCAGGACUGUACAUAGUGUUUAAAAUAAUAUGACAGAAAUAGGUCAGAGAUGAAUUAUUUUGCUAUUUUAUUCAUGCUGGCUGAUACACCGCGCCACGGAAAAGGACAGAUGGAUGAUUGGAGAGAGUGCAGGAAUGACGUAUGAAUGGUUGUUCGCUUUUUGUAGGCAAUUCAUAGAAUCAUAGAUGAUGACUGAAUGAAUGUGUCAAAUUAGGAAUGAGUGAGCGGAUGGAACAGGGCCAAGAUCAAACGGUGAAAUCUUUUGUACAUUUUUUGAUAUUGUGUCCCUCGUCAUUUCAAAUUGGGAAUAUCCUCUGCCGCCAGUCGACGAAGACGAAGCCUGCGGUCCUGAUCCCGUGAAACGACCAUGCGACGACGACAAACCAAAUGAAUAUCAUGAUGUAAAGCUAUUGUACAUAUGUUUAAUGAAGUCAGUGAGCGAGCCGUGACCUCUUUCAUCACCUUCUCUUUAGUCCCAUCAUCACGUUUACCAAAAGUACGUUUGCUGCUAUCGUGUACAUACUAUAUCAGUUACUAUGACAUAUAAUUACACAGGAAGCCCAAAGGUUCCACUCUCGUACUGACUGUAGACCAUGAAGCUAUUUUACAGUUAAUAACACAGUUUUCCUAUAGUGGCGUCUCGUAUUUGUAUUUCUGUUUUGAGUGUAGCUUAUUGUGUAUGUUUCCGUGUCUGGUUUGAAGGAGUCUUUUUGGAAAUAGAAAAAGUGAAAGGUGCAAAAGACUUUCUAAUCCCUAGUGGUUCCAGUACACCGCUGAAGGUUUCCGUUUGCGUCAGAUAAAUCUCUGUCCAUCACAAACAGCAUGUUUUUUAACGUCAACUAAAUGAAUCGCACAAGACAAGAGGUUCAAACCCCCGUCUGCUUCCCACAAGAGAACAAGAGAAGCUGUUUCAGACUUGUUCCCCUCCGGUAUCGUGGUCCUGCAACAUAGUGAAUCCUGCUGUGGAAUUUGAAUAUAUUGCCACUAAAAACAUCCGCAGAAACCUCAUCACUGCAAAACUGAUUCAGUGGUUCGACUCACAGUUAGUAUUCUUCUAUCUGUGCGCGCUCUGAGGUCUGAACUACUUUCUGGACAUGUUGUCGAGGUUCUUCAGACACUCUCAUCUAGCCAAGGGGGCAACAUGAUGCUCCCGAGGUAAAGAACAGAGCAUCUGAACACCUUGUUUCCUGUCACAUAUUUAAAACCAUUUGAAAUUAAUAUCUGACGUGUGGCAGACGAUCGACGACAGCAUCAGCGGUGGUCCGACUGAUUCCUGUGCUCACGAGUAUGCGUCGAUGUGGGGCCAUUGUUCUUUGUACAAGGCAACACUUAUCUGAUUUCACUACAGUAUCAUUCACUAACCAUUUACCGAAUGUUCAUCUUCACAGUUAAUCUUUACAAAAACCACCUCUCGGGACAAAUUGUACACGUCUGUGCCCACUACCUUCAAGGCUUCUGAGGAUACCACGCUGAGCCUGUUGUUUGUUAUUCAGGAUGUGUAGUUGUGGAGCAUGUUACUGGUUGUGUUCCCUCCUCGGUGUCACAUUCAGACUGAUGUCACCCCGGCACUUAGUCAAUAUCCACUCAGCUCCUACAGCCGUCUCUGGAUCCCAGUGUGUUCUUGUGUGAGUUCUCACAGUCCAUCGCGUCGUGUCCCGAUAGGAAACUAUUGCAGCACUUUUGAGAGGCGGCGAACUGCUGUGGCCAGGAUGCAUCCAUCGUGUCAGGCGACAGUGGAGCUGCAGCUGCGGGUAGAAGUCCAGAUAACAGAGUUGAAGUAUCAUCAGUGGGAACUCUGAGCAGCGCCGCUCGUCUGUGUUCAGGGCUGUCGGCCCCCCCCCGAUUCAAACCACUGUGUCAGUGAAACUCCUUGAAACCCAGUAUUUGUUGUCCGAGCUAAGAAAUGCUUUAAUUUACACUUGUGACAAUUUUUGUAUCAAAAGCAUUUUAUAUAAUAAAGGUUCUAUUUUAAGGAA